AUGACCGAAAACGGCAAAGGAAAUGUAGACUGGAGCAGGUUUGGUUUAGACCCCGUCGGUCAAAGCUCUCCACCGCGAUCGAAUAAUCACGAUCCGUCAAGUUUAACUGCCAGUGGAAGCACAGCCAGUGGAAAUCCUAAUGUUAAAGACCUUUUUGACGAAGAACAGGUAAAAAAAUGCCAAAUGCAAAUUUUAACCCUAAGUGAUUUUGAAAGUGACUUGUGUAUUUCUACUCGCGACUCGAGUCGAUAUCGCGAUUGUUCUCGAUCGCUUUCUCGUUCGAAAGAUUAUCACUUUGUCGAUUUCACCCAGGGCUCGUGUGUAUGUAUAGAAAAGCAACUAAGUCGUUAAAUUUUAAGGAAAAUUCAAUCAAGGAAUUGAGUAAAUCGAGUAGUUAAAAGAGUUUUCACUCUGUACGUGUCUGGUUUUGUACGUCUAAACUUAUUUUCUAUUAACCUGGGUCAUGAGCUUGUGUGUGGUUGCCGGACUACAGCUGCCCAUGAUGGCUUAUUUGAUUCACAUGUGAAAUGUCCCACAUAUUUUGAUUUGUACCUGAAAAAAAUAGUUUGUUCUCUUAUUAUCGUAACGAUUACUUUAUAAAAGAAAUUAUCAAAAUUUUUAAACGAGAAAAUUUUCAUGCUUCCGCGGUUGUCAGUAAAUAAGGAAAUGGCGCAAAACCACAUUUUGUCCGCGAUUGAUGUUGAACAAAAAAUGAAAUUAUUUGAGAAUGUAGAAGCCACAGCACCACAGCACUUAGAAACACGGGUUGGCUGUGCGAGGAAUAUUCACUUCGUUUUUCCCUUAAACUUCAUCAGAAGAACUUUAGUUUAAAAACUCCGAACAUUAAAUUUACGAUGCGUGUCGCAAAAAUGCAAAUCUAUUGGAAACAAGUAUUUCACGGAUCACGGGCGCAAGAAAUAAGAGUUUAAUUACAUUAAGUUUAUUUGUUAUUACGAUGCCUCAGCCAGUAUUUCGGUAGCAUAGUUGGUUUUGUUUGUGAUUGAAAUAAUAUUAUACACGUUCAGUGCUUUAUUUUUAAUAUAACCUUGAUAUAAAUUUCAAUAUCGGGUAUAUUUACAAUAUAGUAAUGUAUUCCAUGCAUUUUUCUUUAUACUUGUAAUAGCAAAUGGCACAGAAUAAAUAUUAAAUGACUAUUGAAAAAAAUAAAUAUUUGUCCUGAAGAGGCUUUGAACCUGUAGCCACCCCUCCACACUUUGAACAAGGCAUGUUUUAGCCAUUGAUCACCAAUACAAACCAAAGUUCAGAUGAUUUAAUUGUUUGGGUUGAAAAAAUCAUGCAAAGUCAAAUGUUCAAUUUUGUCAUAUGCGAACAAUAUGCCAUUUGCAUGAUGACGUCUUUUUACUACUAAGACCAGAAUUCAUUUCCUUUUUUUUUUCAUAUAAAUUUACAGAAAAGCAAAUUUGGUAAUCCCAGCGAGGCUUAAAUAACAAAAGCCCUAAAAUUAUUUGUGCAAGGAAGCAAAACACUGUAGGAUUCUGGUAGUAGUAGUAGUAAAAUGACACCAUAUAUGGCCCCUAAUGGUAAAAUGGCCCAUUGAUAUCUUGUUUUUUUUGGUUUAUUUGGUGAUAUGUUUGUUUGUUCUCUGUAACCUUAGGGAGGUCAGGUAUCAGAUAAACCAUGGUGGAAGGCAAACUUCUUCGUGAGGGAGCCAGUGCUUUUUGGAACGUGGGAUGGUAAGUUUGGGGAGAGUACUUUUAUGUUAGUACAGGCAGUUAUUGGGGGAGGGGGAGUUUCCUUAUGAUUUUUUUAUGGUUCAAACUGUACCAACUAAACAUUCCCAAAAAAUGUUUGCUUAAAUUAACUGAAAGCAACUUUAUCCUUAUUUUCAGGUGUAUUUACAAGUUGCAUGCUGAACAUUUUUGGAGUUGUUAUAUUUCUGCGGACAGGAUGGGUGGUGGUAUGUGUAUUUUUAUUUAUUUAUAUGUUUUUUAAUUUUUUUUCUGAUGCAUGCAUGUAGUUGAUACAGGUGUAAAUCCUUUGCUUUGAGUAUAAAAUGAUCAGACUUAAAAAAGUUUUGUAGUUUUUGCAUUUCUUUCUCAAAUGAACAGCUUUGCAAGGAAGGAGAGAGGUUUUGUAAGGCCUCACUUUUAUUUUUUUAUUAUUAUAUUAUUUUAAUUUUGUUUCAUGUUUUAAUGUACAUAGCACAGUUAAAGGUGUAUGCGUGCAUGCAGACAGUAAAAUUAAUUUUACUUCUGCAUCUCUUAUUAAACUUUGCUCUGCUCAUCCUCUUUAAUUUUCUUUAUUCAUUUCAUUGCUUUCUAUAAUGCUUCAAAUUAAUCUAAUAUCUGCCGAGUCUGUUUUCAAAAGUGCAUCUUACUCUGCAGGGCUUAAAAAAAUAUUGAAUAAUUUCUGCUCUCACAUUUUGCUUGCUCUGCACAGGGCCACUUCUUGCUUGUCGUCAGUGCUAAUUUUUUAGGGGAUGAUUUGCUUGGACCCUUGCCCAUUCAGGGCAAGUAGACUUUAAAAGUUACUCUCCCAGCAAAAAUUCUGCUUGUCCCAGACUACUGGAAGGGCUUUUUUGAGCCCUGCACUAGUGCAGACAAUUAAAUUUUAAAAGUUUUUUUUUUGGGCAGGUAAGUAAAAUGACAGAACUGUUCUAAGUUGUUUCUUUCUUCUUUUAAUUGUAGGGAAAUGCUGGUAUCGGUUUAUCUCUACUGAUUAUUGUCCUUACUCUUCUGGUUGCACUGGCUCCUGCCCUCUCUGCUAUCGGCAUCUGUGAGAGAACCCAUGUUGAGAGUGGAGGGGUAUAUUUUCUGCUGGCACAUGUUCUGGGCCAGCGAAGCGGAGGCACAGUAGGAAUACUUUAUAUAUUUGGAAUGGUAAGUGAUUAAUAUAAGAAAUCUCUUAUACAGUGAAUGAUUAAUUUUGUUGGAUAAGAUAUGAGCAGAGGAGCUGUGUGGGUGUUUACAUAGGCAUCACAACCAUUGAUAAAACCAUACAGAUGAGGUCAGUCUUUGCAUAAUAAUAUUGAUAAUUUUGCAUCUUUAGUGAUUUUUAUGGGUCAGGUAUGCAGGACACGGGUAAAGAAAAUGCUAUGUACACAUACAUAUACAUUGUACAUGUACCUUACAAGUGCACAGUUGUCCAGUUGCCUGAGGGCUGUCACCUGUCCUGCCUAUAGAAAGUAUGUCGGUGAUUUCUCUUUAGGUAGGAACAAUGAGAAAGGGUGUGUAAUCACAAGCUAGAGUAGAGUGGACAAAAAAUUACAUUUUGAUGUAUUCAUGCAGUCAUGAUACCUGCAAAUACACCCACCUCUCAUCACUCCCCAUCAGUUAAAAAAAAACAUGCAGUCCAUUUAAUUGAUACAGGGUGCUUACCAUAAGUUUUACUCAAACCAUCCAAUUAGAAGUCUUGUGCAUAAACAUUGACAGCAGUUAAAUUUAUAACCAUGUUAAAGAUAGACCAAGUGCAGCUAAAUCAGCCGAAGAGUCAAGAAAGAUCAGGGGCCUGUUUCUCGAAAGACCUUGGAAUGUUUCGGGCUCGGAAAUCUGUUUUGUGUUUGCCAUGUUACCAUUCGUGAUCAAAGUUUCAAUAAUUUUGAAAACGAUGCAAUAAAACUAUCAGUUAACAAAGCAGAAUUGGCUGGUUUGUGUGAUAGGAACUGUGUUAGCACUAUUCAGCAGGUUUUGAUUUCAAAAUUUUCCUUCGGGCCCGGAAAAUUUCCUGGUCUUUUGAGAAACAGGCCCCAGGUUAUAAUUAGUGUACAUCAACUCUAAGGACUGAGUGGCUGACAGAAUGUCCCAAAUCAUUUGAAUUUCCUAUAUCAGAAUUUCUUGUUCCCCCACGGCACUUGUACAUGUAAGCAUCCCGGAGUUAAAUAUAUGUAUGUGAAUUGUAUACAGAAACUCAACACGUGAUAAUUUAAUGAAUUUUAUCAGGCUGUCAGUAUUUCAUUAUUCUCUACUGGAUUUGGAGAGUCCAUGGCAGAGACGACAGGCUGGGAUAGCCCUUGGGCAGUGCGAGUUAUUGGCCUUAUUACAGCUCUUAUCUUAUUGGUUGUUGUCCUUGCUGGUGUCAAAUGGGUUGUUAAACUUCAGCUUCUUCUGCUUGCGAUUCUGAUGCUUUCUGUGCUGGAUUUCCUGGUUGGCACUUUUGCACACACAGACUAUUGUAAGUGAAAAUAUGCACUUUUUUAGUGUAAAAUUAUUAUAACAAAGUUACAGUCCAGCUAAUUUUUACUUCAGAGAUUAGAAAGUCUUAGUCCAUUAUACAUACCUCUAUUUUUCAUUGAAAAACAAGCAAAUUAACAAACUGAGCACAAGAACUGAUGUGAUUAAGGGCUGACUUGCUGCUAUGCAUUGGACAGUAUACGUACAGUAUAAUAAUAGCCUCAGGGCUUUACUCUAGCAGUGCCCAGUAGCCCAUAAGCUCAAUCUCCACUCUGACUAAUUUCUUGAGUCUUUGGACUGCUGACUCAUUUCCCAAAUAGCAGCUGGCAAUCGAGCAUCACUGUCCCUCAGUGCAUAACUAUAGUCUGUCUACAGGUGCCGCCCCCCCCCCUCCCCUCAGGAAAAAAUCCUGGAGAGGGACGACGUCCUUCUCCCCAAUUUUUUCUGAGGGGAGGGGGCAUCUGUACACAGACUACAUAACUUUUGCUCUUGGGCAAAUAGGAAAUCUUAGGUUUUUGACAAAAAUCAUUUUUAGGCUGGGCACCUUGGAUUUCAGAGUUUACAGCAGUAGGCUCCCUCCACUUUUUCGUAGAGCACAGUCUUAACAGGAGUCACUUGCGAACUCCUAUCUUUUAACAUGAAACUAAAAAAAAUUACUUGUAAUAGUAAUUACAAUUAAUAAUUCAUGUAAUUCAUGUACUCGUCAUUUGGGCUGGGAAUUUCUGAAAUCAGAUGGCUCACCAGCCACCCAGCUUCUGUAUAUGGUGCAGAAAAGAGGCACUUUCCUAGUACUAGAAAAACAAAAAAGGAUUUUAACCUGUAGUGAGGUUUGAGGCAAAGCAACAUGCAGUGAGACCUCGUCCCUAUGGAGGUUGCAUCCAGUGAGUACAAAUCUAUUUAGAUUUUAUUUGCAUCAUAUUCACUGCCAAUGUUUUUGUUUGUAGCUGCUGGCUUCACUGGCUACAGUGCAGAAAAUAUGGAGAAGAAUUCACCACCCAAGUUCUCUGACGAUCAAAAUUUCUUUAGUGUGUUUGGCGUGUUCUUUCCAAGUGCCACAGGAGUGUUGGCUGGAAUCAACAUGAGUGGUGACUUGAAAGAUCCGUCAAGUAACAUUCCUGCUGGGACACUGGCCGCCCUGGGAUUCAGGUCUGUCAGACAUGUGGCAGGGUUUGUUUUUCCUUUCCCCAAAUAUAUAAUGUAUCUCAAAGCACACUACAUAGAGACAGUGAUAGUCAGUUCGUGCAGGCCUACCGACGUUUUAAGUCAUUAAGUUUGAUGCAUGAAUGUUUUAUAGUUUUACAUACCUAGUGUUCUUGGGUCUUGCUUUUUUGUCAUAAUUAUGUAGUCUUUCGAGACCUGUCACUUUUGAGCAAUUAGAUAGCUGCGUUCAUCAUAAACAGCGAACGCAGAGUAUUCAAAAAUCAAUAGCCCGCUUGGUUUGCUCACUUUUACUCGGCGCCCGCUAGUGGCUUCGCUGCCAAAGUUUUCCGCAACCUUACACAAGUGAGCCUGCUUGCAGGCUAGUCUCACUUAGACUUUUGAACCCCAUUGCGCAUUUGCAUGACUACCUGAAAAGCUGUGUCAAAAGUCAAAAUUCACAAAUUGAAUGGAAUCUAGUUCAAACAAAUAACUGCUAGGGAAGAGGAAAUUUUGCUUGAGUAGUUGUAUCGUGAGUUCAUUUCGGUCAGAUUUUGAGCACAAACGCUGCCACGUUAAAUAGCCUCCAAUUUCUUGCGAAUUAGAGCGGUUUUCACUUGACUGUCGUAAAACCAAAACCAAAGCAAAUACACUAGCCAACCAAAGGGCGUAGUGAAACCAAAACCAAACCAAUUCCUCAAUUACUUUCGACAGUCAAGUGAAAACCGCUCUAAGCACAUUAAGGUCUUACCUAUCGGCCUGUUACGCAGACUCUGUGCCGCGCCCAGUUACUUAGGGCAAGAGAUACUUUUGGUAACUAUUGAUAUUACUAUCACCGCAUUUUACCUUGUUUACGUGGUAUGCCCUUGCAUGUACACUUAUGUCAGCUACAUAUUUACCAAUAUAUAUUUUUUUUGUUUACAGUGGAAUGUUGUAUAUUCUCUUUGCCUUGCUGUUGGGAGCGGUUUGUAGUCGACAUGCACUACUCGCAGAUUACAUGAUCGCAUCCAAGGUUUCCUUGGUCGGUGUUCUGUUCUUGUUUGGAUUGUACAUCUCCUCUCUCUCUUCCUGCCUUGGAGCGCAAUAUGGAGCCCCAAGAGUCCUACAGUGUAUCAGCAAAGAAAAUGUGUUGCCCAUCAUAAAACCACUAGGCAAAGGGGUACGUAUUCUUGGCUUGCAGCCACGUGACAAGGAGGCCAUGUUGGUGACAAAAAAAUACUAACCUUUUUUUCGUAAGUCAACUUGGCGGCGGUGACGUCAGCUGAAAACCAGGAAUUGCCACAUUCACUACAUUUUUUUUCCCGCUUUUUACCCUGCUCGUGGGUAACAACGAUUCUUGUCUCGGCACAGUCAAGGCUCUAACCUUGACAUCUUGUUACUUGCUAGAUCUUCACAUGUCCGUAAUUGAUUGUCAGUUUACACCUGUUACUUCGGAAACUAUAAAAUAUUCCUUUUGCCUUCAUGUCAAUGUGAUAAGUAUGAAGUUCUAAAACUUCCUCUUACUCGGCGUGGUAAGGCCAAUUUUUACGUGGUACAUCAGGUGUAGGUCUGAAUUUGAAUUAUGCACCCUCUAUUACCUCUGUUGACCACUCGACACCAGCUUGAAUAUCCUACUUGCUCCUGUCUAGCCUCGUGUCUAAGUCGGUAGGGCAACGGUAGAUCUAACCCGGAGGGUGUUGGUUCGAUUCACACCGAGGACAAAAUUUAUUCUUUACCUUGCCGAAUUGUCUCCUAAUUCCCUCUAUAAGGACGAACGCUAAUUGAGGUUUAUGGGUUUUCUAGCUAAUUCUCUUUCCACCGUCAAUAGUCUAUACCAUCAUUUGUAACGUUAGACUUUGUUUGGUUUUAAUUUCAGCAUGGCCCAAACCAAGAACCAUACUUGGCUUCCGUAUGUGUAGCAAUAAUCGCGGCGGGCUUUAUCAUGAUUGGCAACUUAAACGCCUUAGCUCCUAUUGUUACUAUGCCAUUUCUACUAACAUACGCUGCGAUUGACUAUGCGUACUUCAAGCUGGCCAUGAGUUAUGAUAUCAGAGAGCAACAGAAACUGGCUGGUAUGAAUAAGCCGCCUGACUCCCCCAAGACAGAUGAAACUAAGCUCAUAUCAUAUGAAUCUAAGGUACAUUUGAAUACACAUCAACUGGAGCUCAUUGUCCUAGAGUAUAGCUUGCUCGAAUGUUAACAAACAUUGAAAAACAUGUGCAAAGGGUAAUGACGUCAUUACUAAUGUCAUCUCCGCCAAUCAGCAUUUCGCAUUGACUUUUUCGAUGCAGAUAUUCAAAUUCUAGAGACAUAGUUGCAAGCUCUCCUUCCAUUUUUCCCGCCCCACCACCAAAGCGCCCCGGAGAGCUUGCUCGCAGGCUAAUACCCAAGAUUCGCGGGGCAUAUAUAUUUUUUUCUGUCAAUAAGUACUGUAGUUUGUGGCUAAUGCAUGAUGACAUAUUUCUCCGAAAGCCUGGAUUCCAGAGUCUCUGCUGCGUUCUUAGUGCGAACCUUCAUGUAAUUUGCCACUAACGGCGACGGAAUUUUUCAAGCCACUGCCUUCAAAUAGGUUACAGUACAGAAAACGAAACAAUCUGGACCUCUUAGCAAAUUCUCGCAUAAUUUUUCGCCGAUUGUAGAAUUUAAGUAAAAAAUUCUUUCUGUUAACUUUCUGUUAGGGUGAUGGCAAGAAAACAAGCUAUGGUAGUGGAUCUUUCGAAAAACAUGACUUCGGAAAUGUGGAAUUUAGUCAACUAGACAACACCGAGAAAGAUGACUCCACAGAGAAGGAAAACUUAGAUAAAGACGAAGUGUUAGACAACACAUCUCCACUGGAUAUGGAUAAUAAAAAACUAGAAACAAAACUAAACCUUGAAGAUAAAGGCGAAGAACUAGACGAGGAAAGUACCAGAGAUUCCACGCCGCUUUUAGAAAAUGAGAGCAACCAGGUUAAUAUUAAAGAAGAUAAACCUGUGGAAAUAGAUCAUGGUACAGAAGCCCGCCGGAGGAAAAAAGGUAAGGGAUUGCGUGCGUUUCAAAAUCGCCGCGUGAAAGUGGGAACACUAAAAGAGUGCUACCCCCGAGGGAGGCGAGACGGAGAUCUUCUCCUCUCCUCGCACGCGUUGCUUGUUUAGCGCGGGAAAUUUUUUGUCCUACUAUAUUUCUUGUGGUAAAAAAAAUGUUAGAGGGCUUCCGGGAGACGGAAGAGGCGGAAGAAGCAGCCUUGAUCUCGUAUUCCAGUUUUCAAUUGGCUGUCGUCAUCCUCAGUAAAUGAAGUCGACUUAUCUAUUACGUUUGUUCGAGUUUGGGUGCGUAGAAAGCACCCGUAAGGUCGAAACUGGAAUUAAUUUCUUUAAGGGAAUUACUGCCUCUCAAACACCUCGUUCUGCCAGCGUACAUGGCAGGCCUAGGGGAAGAGAAAGGUUGUUUUUCGUCCAAUUUGGCGUGCGAGAGCGAGUGCAUAACCACCAUCCGUUGGCUAGCGGUUGAUAAACUCCCCAUGGUUUUUAUUUCCAUACGUGUACGUGAACUGUCUAAAAGAACUGUGAACGGUGUAGGAUAUUAUGGGUCUGUCAUGAUGAGGUGAACCUACAGGUUCAAUCGCCUAGUAUGCUCUUUAACAACUCACCCGUAUUCUGAAAUAUUUGUAUCUGUGUUCAUUAUAAUUCAGAGCGGAAGAACGAGGAUUAUUAUCACGAAGAGCACCAAAUCAAGUGGGAGAUAGAGAAGCAGCCAACUUCCUUCUAUUCGGACCUGUGUAACCGAUGGGUAUCUCUGGCUGGGGUGAGUUUCCAUUUUCACGCCGCAUUUAAAAAAUAAUGUGACCGAGUGGACAAGGAUUAGCACCGAGUCGGUUAGUGAGCGCCUUCUAUGGAGGACUUUCCGAGUUUCAUUCCCAGAUGGGACCUCAAAUCCUUCUUUCGACUUGACUUCUUUCCUCCCCGUGUAACUUAAAGUAGCUAGAAAAUUCCCUUAAAACGGAACACUGUUAGAGGGAGGGGGGUAAAUUGAUGGCACCGUCGGCCUCAGGUUUGUGAGUUUAAGGACUGCUACGAGUUACCAACUAUAUUAUUAUUGUAUUCAAGAGAGAAUGAUGGAACAGAAAAGCAUGGCUUGCACGGGUCCUGAAAGGUCCUUGAAAAAGCGUCAUGUCCUUAAAAAGUCCUCUAAAAUUGAAAAAUUUUGGCAUAUCCUUGAAAAGUCCUUGAAUUUUCCACAAAAGUCCUGGAAAAAGUGUUUUGCGCAGAGGAAAGAUUGAAAGGGCAGCAGUACGCAAAUUUUCUUGGUGACCAUGAAAGUGUGGUUUCAUAGGAUUUCAAAGUUCCCGGCAUAGUUCAUUUUCCGCUAUUUGGAGUACACAAGGAACCGUGCCUACCUGGGGGAAUCUAUUGCAAUAAGCAAACCCUCCUCUUUCUACGAAUUUGAAAGGUCUUCAUGUCAUUCUAUGUUAAAAUAGAGGGAAAAGAUGGCCUUGGAAAAAUUAUCUUAGUCACUGAAAAGUCCCUGAUUUUUUCCCCUUAAAAUUCUGUAUGAACCAUGAAAGGAACUCUUAGGGCGUUGGCCAGGAUAUGUGAAUUUCACUAAAAUUAUUUUUAUAUAACUAAGCGAAAAUCCAAUUUCUUGGAAGUCCGCACAUGUUAAUCGAUUGUUUGAAACGUCAUCGAGCUACUGUCUCAAAGCAAACAAUGCAGAAUAUUGUAAUGGGUACACACCAAAAGGGCAUAUUUUCUCAUCAUAUUCUCUUGACAACACUGAAUAAAAUUUUGCGGACCUCCUCGGAUAAAAGUGAUUAAUUUCAAUCGAUUAAUUGGUCUAAAAUAACUUUGGUGAAACUCGCAUAUCCCAAAGGCUAGAUCGGGUUCCUCUGUCCCAUUAUGUCCUCUUGGUGUAUUAUGAUAUUUUUGUUUGUACAAUACAGGCCUUCGUUAGUCUACUGAUAAUGCUCCGUUGUAAAUGGUGAUUUGCACUUGCAAACCUGUCCGCAGCGUCGUGUACUUAUAUUCAGUAUGAUAUUUGUAUUUUCAUGUUGCAGACUUUCGCCAGUCUACUGAUUAUGUUCCUUAUAAACUGGGGAUAUGCGCUUGCCAACAUUUCUGUGGCGUUAUUAGUGUAUAUAUACAUCGGUCAGACCAAUCCUGGGCUAUCAAAAGGUAGGAUUUUUUUGUUCUACGUAUUACAUUUUAAGUCCAUGGCACACCUGCUAAUAACUCAAUAGGUAAGGGUGGUAUUUUAAGUUUCAUAUUGAAAGGUGACGGUGAAUCUAGCUACAUGAACUUUUUCGGAAAUCUUUUAUCAGCUCUCAGUAAAACUUCAGUUAAGUCUAAAGGUACAAUAGUUAUAGUACAGUACAGUAGUACAUACAUACAUACAUUGAGUUUUUCUUAAACUACGAAGGAUGAACGUUUAUGCGUUCGCACAUACGUUUUUACGAAUUUAUUUUAUUUUUAUUUUGUUUGAUAUGUAUUUUUUUUGGUCUUGUACAACAGGUUGCGCCUCCGAAUUUGUGUUCUCUAAGUGGGUGCAGUCUUUAUGGGACAAGCUGACAAGGUUGGUAACCAUUUUUGUUUACUCGAUUUGCUCUCUGACGGGUUUGCCAAUUUGAAUCUUAACAAAUGUUUGCUAAAACGCCACAAAAUCUUAUGUAAUCUGACGAGUCUUCCGUAAGUAAAAGAGAUUUAGCUCAAUGGUUGUUCUCCUUAGAAAAAAGGCGAAGCAAAAGGCAGAAACAUGUCUCUGACUCUGUUCUUUUCCUGUGUCGCCCGUUCUCCGCAUUCGUACGUGCUGCAGUUCGUUUCAUCUUAUCACUCUGUUUUAGCUGUUCAAGCUUUCUUUCUGAGGUGACCAUUUUAACAUUAAUUCCAUCACGAGGAAUAUGGGAGUUUUGUAUGACCUUUAUUCAAGUUUAAAUAAUACGCGUCGCAACUGUACAAAUGAAAGUAACUGAUUGGGAUGAAGUAUCCGAAGGGAAGAAAUUGAAGCAAUAAGGAAACCGUAGGAGACGACUGUUAGCCUAAGGCGCCCGCCAUGGCCAUGAGGCACCAAUUUCGCGAAGGAAUAGUCACAGGGCCGACACUUGCUUACCCAGUCAUACACCUUAGAGAUUGAGUAACAUGGAAGCUAUUGCUAUAACUAUGGUCACGUAGCUUCUCUGCCUGUCUACCAAAAUCUUGUGUGACAUUUUCAGUGGCGGAUCCAGACCUUCAGAUAAACGGGAAGGGGGUUGGGGGGGAGGGGGGAAGUCACCUAGACGCUAAGAUAAAGGGGGACCCGGUCAAAAAAAAAUUUUUGUCGGCCCUUCGGGCCUCAGUUUGGUCUCUAAAACAAGGCGGAGGCGGGGGGCGAGCCCCUCCCCUGGAUCUGUCGCUGAUUUUAACUGUUGUUAUCAGCUUUCACACUAAAGUUUGUCUGUGCAAUUGAUACAAACAGGAAAGAGUCUACACAACAACAGAUUGUAGUACCAAUCAGCGGGAUUCCAUAUCAGAUGUCGACCUAUCAGCUUACGGAGGAAAACACUGACUUCUCUUACAGAGACAAACGGCAUCAUUCAUCCAUGGUAACCAGUAUAGGCCCUCAGUAAGCCAGGGAGGAUGGGUGGGGAAACAGAGUAAGCUGUUCAAGGAUAGAUGGUGGGGCAAUGUAUUUAAAUUUCAUAGAAAAUAUAUGUUAAAUAUUAAGUUAGGUAUACAGAAUUCAUUUUGUCUGCUUAACCCUUUCCCUUCUGAGAGAAUAUUUCUUGUUUAUCGUCCUCGCCCAUUGCUAAUUACAAUACGAACGCGCACAGAAUAGCACACCUUUAAAUUUUAAACACUUUUAUAUAACUUUUCUUGUUAACUUCUAAAUCAGCAGCACAUUAUAAAGAGAUUAUUUAAAUUGACAACCUUAGAUUUGAAGCCAUUAAGUAACGUAGUUUUUCAAGAGUUUAUUGAAAUUCAGUUUACACCCCUAUAAAUACGAAAAAAUGAUCGCCGGUUUUCAGCGCACCUAUUCGUAGGAUUGAUGAGCAGCGUUUUUUUUUCCAUAGCCACUGAUUGACCAGUCAUAGUUUUUUAAAAUAAUUAAUCGAGCCGAGGCAUCACAGGAGUGGCUUGUAGCUGUCACGUGUGUAGCCACACUCUGUACUAGUCACCAAGCCACACACUUUCUCUCUCGAAGGAAAAUGGUUAAGUUCUUUUCUAACAAAUCGAUGUAAAUAACGUUGAGGAGUUACCUCAUUUCUAAUAGAUCUCUGCCGCAAUCCUGUAAACAAAGGCACCAAAUUGAAGCUUGGGUUGAUUAGAGGAAAUUGUUCGCCCAAGCUGCAAGGUUAUUCUACUACUGGUUUUAAACUCUAUUUAUUAUUAUUAUUUAAUAAAACGUUAAGUUGUUGUGUUGACGAACGUUAACCGUUUGUUUGAAUGGGAUUCAUGAAAAAAAAGAGUUUAUUUUCUAAUAAAUUUAAGACAAUAGAGAGGAGAAGUGUGACGUCACGUUACCAUGGUAGCAAAAUUUCUGGAUCACAAAAAUAGGGAGCUUGAGUAACGAAGACGGCGACGGCAACGAGACCGGCAAAAAAAGAAAUAGUUUAUAUUAGCAAAACAACAACUUUGCACGUGCAUCACGCUUUUUUGUACAUUUCUUAGCAGUGGUUUCACGACUGCGACAUGAAACUUCCUAAUUUGACGCCCCUGCUUUAUAGAGUAGGUGAGCACAACAUAAAAAUGUUGUUUUUCUUUUUCUAAACUUAGAUACGGUCCCUUCGAAUUCAACCGCAGGGAAUUUCGCCAACUUUUGACAAAUUAAAUGAAAUUGAAAAAGAUCGAUUAAGUUUGAAACAGUGCGAACUCACUUUUAAGUGACGUUUUCGGUUUUAUCAUCCAGAAAUUUUGCUGCCAUGUAAACGUGACGUAACGACUUCUCCUCUCUAUCACGAGGACAAGCAACAUACGCGGAUACAGUUGAGAGCCCGUCAUUAGCGACAUGAUACUUUCCUCCUUCCUACAGGCACUUGGCCUUAUUUACAACAAACGAGUAAAUUUAAGACCCUCCGUUAGCAAAGACCACGUGUCUGAAGGAAACGAUGUCGAGGCUCUCUGGGGAUGGCAAUGAUGACAGGCAACUGCGUAUGCGUGUGUUGCUUUUCUUCAUUCUCAACUUCAGAACCCUUAGAGGGCGAAUAACUUGGGCCAAGAAGGGAUCAUGCGUAGCAAUAAGGAUCUAUCUAGCAAAUGGGAAGGGUUUGCGCUUACAUUCCUCCACAAAGUAAAGUCUUCAGCGAUAUCUUUACCCCUUUUAAAUUACCAAUGAGAUACAAAAGCAAAAACGUAUUUAAUUUACCUUCCAUAUGUACGCAAGGAACACAAUGUAAAAUGAACAUGGUUUUAUUUUAGGAAAUUCGUUAAAUGAGAAAACACAUCACAAUCAAUCAACAUAUCAAUUUGGCAGAUAUUAUGAUUAGUUGAAUUUUUUUAUUCGGUUAGGUUAGUGAUUAUCAAGAAUCAUAGAAAGGAC